AUGGAAUCUAGAGAUAAUUACUCCGCGAUUGCCGAGGCGAAUAGGCAGCGAAGAAAGCUACAAAACCGGAAGAACCAGAGAGCCCGUCGACAACGAAUCAAGGGUAAAGAUUUUGAUAUACACCAAGGACCGGAUUCAUUUGAGAUUAGGCGCUGGCGGGUCGAUGAGGUCGAUGAUCAAUGUUCCCGAGACAAGGACAUAGACUCAACUACCGUGUCUACAACCUAUCAUGCGUCUUAUACACUUCCCUGCGCUACCGAAAGUGCCACCGCUGUUCAAGCACCAUCAUCCGCAGAUCAACCCAAUCAAAUCAUGACCAUACACUCAACCCCCCAGGCCAUCAACAUCACCUUCCCCCUACCCUCUGAUCAACUCCUCCAUCUCAUCCAAUUCAACGUCUACCGCGCCUUCAUAUCCAUCAAACGCACCAUAAACACAAUAUCACUAGACCCAACAACCUGUCCCGUCUUCGGGCCAUGUCUAGACGACACGACCCGCUACCCCCCCAACCCCAAUAUUCCUGUUUCUCUAGCCCCUACUACACUGCAACUAUCUCAGUACCAUUUCCCUUGGAUCAACAUUAUGCCGUUCGCCCGGCUACGAGACAAUCUUAUACGACGCGAAGGUCGGUUUGAUAAUUUCGAAUUGUGGCGCGAUCUCGUCGGCGAUCUCAUGAGUUAUACUGCUGCGCCUUGGCAGCGAGGAACACCAUUGAGCUUCUCUACUACUAUCCCCGAGACCAAGCAGUCACAAGGGUUGGUCUUGGAGAAUUACAUAGAUACAGACGAACUUACGGCCGGACGCAACGGGCUGAUAAUUUGGGGUGAGCCGCAUGAUAUGCAGAGUUGGGAGGCUACGCCUGGCUUUCUUACGAAGUGGUCAUGGGCCGUCGAGGGCUGUGAAGAGCUCGUGGAGAUCAGUAAUCGCUGGAGGGUAAGAAGAGGGGCGGAGCCAAUGCGUCUGUCAAUCUCGGCACUGGGAAGGAAUAAAUAG